AUGGAUAUAAACUCAUUACCUGUUGCUGUUGAUAGUCAUCUUCUUUCGUAUCUGUCUUGUUUACGUAUAGAUUACGCAAAUAACGUCAGUUUUCAUCGAAUUAUUGGGCUUUUAUCAUCUGUAUUUGGUCAACUUCGUCAUUUGUCAUUAAAAUUAGAAGUGUGUACAUUAAAUUCUGAUCCAUUGUGUAUAUCAGAUGAUAUUAUUCAACAAUUAUGUAUCGAUUGUCUCAAACCGUCAGCAACCUGUAGUCUUAAUCUAUUGUUAUAUGUUGAAUUAAGCAUUAAAAUUAUCGAUAAUCAACAAAUUAUGUUUCAAGGCAUAAAGCCGGUUAUGUUAACUCAUUUCGGCUUAACAAAUCCUAAACUAUUACCAACAUUAAAUACAUUUUAUUUGAAAUAUUUUGAUGGGGUUUCGCAUGAAGGAGAUGAAGAUGAAGAUAAUGACAGUGAUAAGGAAUAA